AUGAGACCUUCCACAUCAAACUCAUGGCUUGUUAAUAAGCUUUUCAAGCUUAGAGAUGAAGUCUAUACCUGGAUAAGGAUGCAAGUAGGCAAUGGAGAAUCAUGUCGCUUCUGGUCAGAUAAUUGGUCCCCCUUUGGGAAACUUUCACAGUUUCUGCUCUCAGACCAAACUUCAGGUAUGGGUAUAAGCUUGAAAACAACUAUAGCGGACCUUUUCGUUGAUGGAAACUGGAGACUUCCUCCUCCGCGCUCUGAAAGUAUGCUUCAACUCCACAUAUUCUUCACAACAUUAGGUCUGACUGAGACGGAGGAUCGCUAUGAGUGGAUAGUGAAUGAUAAACCGUCAUCAAGAUACAGUACAAGCGAGAUAUAUCGAAAGCUGAGGGACAGGGAAGAGACGGUACCGUGGGCAUCAAUUGUUUGGAUUGGUAGAGGAAUUCCACGCCACAACUUCCUAACUUGGUUGUUUGUACUGAAUAGAUGCCCAACUAGGGACCGUCUUAUAGGCUGGGGACUUCAAACGGAUGGGGCUUGUCUUCUCUGUAAUCAGGCUGCUGAAUCAAGGGACCAUUUAUUCUAUCUGUGUCCGUAUAGUUGGGGAAUUUGGGUGGAGAUUUCCAGAAGAUGUCACCUGCAACCGCUGAGGAAUUGGGAUCAAACUUUGCUUUCCAUGCAGACACUACAAGGGAACAAAACGGCAAAGAAACUGACAUUGUUAUGUUGGCAAUCGACGAUAUACUGGGUAUGGCAGGAGAGGAACAAAAGGUUACACAACAAUCAAUACCGUUCACAGGAUGCGGUCAUCAAACUGAUCACACAUCAGAUCACCGAUCGCAUCAGCGGUUACAGGUUUGAUUCUCCGAUCAUCUCCUCUCGCUAUAUGCAGCUUUGGCUUUUGACGGCAUCGUAA